AUGGUUCUUCGGUUUUUUAUUACCGCCGGAAUUGUAGCUGUUUUGGCUGUAAAACUUGAGUUGCCCGACUACUUGGUACAACAACACCGACCGGUGAUUUUUUGUCGGACGGAAAUCAUUGAAGGCAUCGUCUUUACCCCAUGGGUGGACUUGAUGUCAAAUGACGAUUGGUUUAUCUCCGUGAAAGGCUGUGUGAACUGUAAUAUAACAGGAUUUACAAAUACAACGGACCCUAGAUUUGCGGCGUCUUGGAGGAAUUUUUCGGUGACUUACGGAAGCUUUGGAGAAGUGGCAAAUGGCAAGGUUUCCGGGAGAAUUUGGAAGCUGGAUCCGGUAAAGAAUUCUGCAUGCCUAGCACGCAUCUUUUUUCAGAUUCAAGGCGGUCCUUUUGAAAUUCCGGUAGUCGAUGAGAUCAGUUCCGUGUCCGCCACGUGGAAUGCGGCCGGAGAGCCUUCCAGUGCUCGAAUCGGGUUAAAUUCAGAUUUUAGCAACAGAAUGAAGCUCAAAAGCAUUUAUCUUAAUUAUGAGUACAUUUGCAGUUCAGCAGAGUUUGAUUCUGAUGAGAAGUAAGUCAGGGAAUGUAUUGAUAGAAUCUCAACAAAAGAUGUCACAGUGGGGGCCUGAUCCAGUGGCAAAAAUGUACCAUUUUGCAUCCGAGAAGUAUGAAAACUGUGGCAAAAUCCUUCCCUCUCCAAGUGAAAAAAAACUCCGAUUUCAAAAGCGCGCCUGCUCUUUUUGUGAUGGGAAGGGCGCGCCCUUCAAAACGAAGUUUUUUCACUUGGAGAGGUAAGCAUUUUGCCACAUUUGUGAUCCUUCUCGGAUGCAAAAUGGUACAUUUUUUGCCACUGGACCAGGUCCCCCACUGUAAAUAAUUUCAGUACGGGCCUCCGCCAAUUUGUCAGUGGCGACAUUUUUCCAAUGCGUGAAGGACAUAUACUCGGCCAAGUCCACGCUAUUGCUGACGUCACACCCAAUAAAGACAACUAUUGGCAAUUCCAAGUGCAUUAUGUGGGGUACGGUUUGUUCGAUAUUAAUGAUCACUACCGUUCGUUCGAAGCGGUUUUGUCGUCAACUUCGCCCUACAUCCACGCCCCAUUGGAGUUUAUCGAAUUCAUCAGUGCAAAUAUGAAAUCAGUGGAGGAGUCAAAAAGUGGUGAUUACAUUGUAGAUUGCAACCAACGGGUGCUCGGCAAAGACAUCUUAUUCUUCGUGAAUGGUGGAAGAGUCUCGUUGAAAGCGCUGUAUUACACAAUGCGCGAUCCGAUUAACCCCAAGAUUUGCGCACUGAGAAUUCGACCAUUGGCCGAGGGCGAGGACCGCUGGAUUUUGGGAAUUCCGUUCCUCGAAGCAGUAGAUGUUUGUUUGGGACUCAAAUCAAAAACAAUCGUGUUUGGAGACCGAGAUUGUAACGCAUAAGACUUGAAAUUUCUAUUAUAGUAAUAAGCAGUCCAAACCUUUAUAUUUAUCUUUUCUGUAAAGUAAAAAUAACAAGGUCGCAUGUUGUUUACUUCAUACUUCCACAUGUGUCAAGGAAAGAUAAAUUUUGUUGACUUGAUUUUGCAAGCUUCGCAAUCAAAUGAUGUUUACGGUCAAACGUCACAAAUCACAAAAAAUAGAGUUCGCGAAAUUUGAGGCUUUUUCGAGAGUAAGUAGUAAUAAAACACGAGUCGACACAACCAUUUUGAGAAUGCUAAAAAACAGUUUGCUUAUACGAUUUUGGUACGAAAGAAGUCGGCUAUGUUGAAACCAAAAUAAAGCAAGUCAGGAAAGAAUUUUUCGGCAUGGCCACAGUCGUUUCUUUUCUCUCGCAAAGAAGAAGGCUGAAGAGGUCACCGGCUAGCUCAAGUUAAAACUUCUGGAGGAUUAUAACUUUGGUUGCUCUGAAAUAAUUGCUCGAUGCAAGACUUCACAUCCAAUAAAAUAUUUCGUGAGCUAGAAAUCAACCUAAAAAUUUUUUUAUUGUUCAUAACAAAAGAGGUAUUUCAAGAACGUCGAGUUUCUCUUUUUAUAGCUUGCACACGCUGGGCCUAGUCCUCAUAGCAAUUAUUGAUAACUACAGCUAGCGCUUUAUAAGGGUUUUCAAAAUAUUCGACAAUUUUUGCGGUCGGCAGAGUAUACAAAAUAAGGGGAACGGCCGGAGAGAAAAAUACUCUGGCCAUAUCGUUGUUAGUUCCGUAUUGAAAAAUUUGAUUUUUUGUGUAAACAUUGCUCUAAAAAGGUGUACAACGUUUAACGCAAAAAUUGGCUAAAUGUACCAUAUUUUCUUCGACGUUCAACCUAAAAAUCAUCGCGAUUUCUGCAAAGCGCAAGCUAAUAAUCUGUUAUACAUCCUGAAAAAUCUAGUCUAAAUUGGUCCCCAGCAGCGUUUCUUGGAGCACGUCCACUGUGUGCCAAAUUAUAUCAAAACAUCAGCGUGGCAUUCCAAAAAAAACUUCCUCCGCAGACUCGCUAAAACACACGUUUCUUUGGAACUACCUCUCCCUCAGCACUGUCUCCCCACGUACUUUGACGUGCCCUUUAAUUUAUUAGAGAUUAAAUUCCGACAUUUGUUUUAUGUCCUCUUCAUUCCGCCGCGAUCCGUGACUUUAUCGCACAUUUUUUCUUGACCGCAUCAUUCCGCAAACCCCCUUGAAACAAAUUGCAAAAAGGAUUCUUCGGGAAGAACGUCCCUUUGCACGUUUCGUUCGCUAUCUCUGUUUUUCUUUUCGAAAUCCGCUCGGAAAAAAAUGGUAUAAAAGCGAACGCGGGAACUCCUAUAUGUGCAUACACAUACUACGCAUUCUAAAAAGUGCGCAUUAGACAGGGCUAGAGGUCGGGGAUUUUUUGGCAUAUCCCAGCUCAAGGGCCAGUUCCUGGCAAGGCUGGGGAGGCUGGGCCUUUGAAAAUUUUAAAAAUACUUUUGAAUGACAAUUUUCCGGCCAUUUUGGCAUUGUGUUUUCGGCUAGUUUUUAGGGUGUUUCUUGGUUGCCAGCAACAUUUUGAGCAGUAAGAAAUGUAUUACGAGUCUUAUAGAGCCUUGUUGCAUAAUGCCAAGAUCCAAAUUUUGCAUCCCAAGUUUUCGUUUCAGGAUGGAAAAUUUGCGUAAAAUUUUCAAUUUCAAAUCCGCAGCACAGCCAAGAAAUGAGGUCUAGUCUGGGGCAGCUCGGAAAUUAGGAUGAGCCCCACGUCCGCCCUCAAAAAAGUCCUCAACGCACUUUUAAAAAUUUUCGUAGUCAACAUGUUUUUUCGGCGCUCAGAGUUCAUUUUUGGCCUCGAGGGGAAUAGGGUAAUAAAUUUUCGGCCAAGUUCAAAUUGAGGUUUUCAUUCGCACGUUUCUUUCGGUAUAUCUGUUUUCUUUUCGAAAUGCGUUCGGAAAGAGAGGGUAUAAAAGGGAACGCGGAGUGGGCCAGAAAGUAUAAACAUGUUUUCCACGGUGCGAGGGGUUCCUCUUUGGCACGAGGGGAAUUGAGAAACAUAUUUUUGGCCAAGUUGAAAAAUGAAGUUCCUAGUUUUUCGGAGUUUUUUGUAAUGAACAGUAAGCGAAAAAAUAUUUUGAGGAUUUUAGAAGUAUCGUUUUUAGACCGAAAGUUAAAAAAUUUGGAUUUUUUUCUGACAUAUUCUGACAAUUGUAAUGAAUUCGCGACUAAGAACACAUUUCUGUGGGCCAUGACAACUUUUCAUAUUAUUUUUUCUUCGUUUCAGAACUCUAUAUACCUACGCAAUGGACGCUCCACACGAAUCCCACAACCACCUCAGCCUCCUCAACAUUCUGCCUUUCAACACGCCGCUCAUGACUGCGCUUCGCCAAGAACUGAAACGAGGGCCAAACUCGUCCAGAAUCCGCGCCGACGAGGAGGUGUAUCAGCAGCAGCACACGGCGUCAGCAAAGUAA